GCCGGCGCACGGCUCCCAUCGCUCUCGUUCCUCGCGCGGUCUGCCCGGCCCGGCCGCCUCCGCAGCCGCCUCCGCCUGCGGAUGGGCUGGGGAAGUUGGCAGGAGCCAGUCGAAGCCCGCGCCGGGCGCGCACCACCGCCGCCUGCCUCGGCGCCCACAGCUCAGGCGCAGCGCGCGGGUCGCAGGAGCACGGGUGACCCCCGGAGCCGCAGGCUGGCAGGGCUUUCCCUCUGAACAGAGCUACCCGGAGCUGAGGUGGAGGAGACAGAUAUACAGGAAGAGGAAGAAACAGAAAAACAUUUUCUUCCCUUCCCAGCCCUGCGCCCUGGCAUGGAUCCCUGCUGCUGCUGUGUCCAAGGAUCCCAGGUGGUGGAGCCCCCACCCCGCCAGGCACCAUGUGGAGAACUGGGAGGUCUUGGGUCCUGAGGCUGCCAGCUGACUAUGGGUACGACGGCCAGCACAGCCCAGCAGACGGUCUCAGCGGGCACCCCCCUCGAGGGUCUCCAGGGUGGUGGCACAAUGGACAGCCGACAUUCAUUCAGCAUCCACACCUUCCAUUCCACAAGCCUGCACAAUAGCAAGGCUAAGUCCAUCAUCCCCAACAAGGUUGCCCCUGUUGUGAUCACGUACAACUGCAAGGAGGAGUUCCAGAUCCAUGACGAGCCGCUCAAGGCCCAUUACACACUGGGCCGGCUCUCGGAUGGCACCCCUGAGCACUACCUGGUGCAGGGCCACUACUUUCUGGUUCGGGAUGUUACUGAGAAGAUGGAUGUGCUGGGCACCUCUGGGAGCUGUGGGGCCCCCAACUUCCGGCAGGCACGGGGAGAGCCUACUGUGUUUGGCAUGGGACAGCCCAGCCUCUUGGGGUUCAAGCAGAUCCUGCAGAAACUCCAGAAGGAUGGACAUAAGGAGUGCAUCAUCUUCUGUGUUCGGGAGGAGCCUGUGCUGUUCCUGCGUGCUGAUGAGGACUUUGUGUCCUACACGCCUCGAGACAAACAGAACCUUCACGAGAACCUCCAGGGCCUGGGGCCUGGGGUCCGGGUGGAGAGCAUGGAGCUGGCCAUCCGGAAAGAGAUCCAAGACUUUGCCCAGCUGAGCACGAACACGUACUACGUGUACCAUGACACGGAGGACCUGCGGGGGCAGCCCUGUGCCGUGGCCAUCUGGGGUGAGGACGACGUGCAUGUGACUGAGGAGGUGUACAAGCGGCCUCUCUUCCUCCAGCCCGCCUACAGGUACCACCGCCUGGCCCUGCCAGAACAAGGGGCCCCCCUGGAAGCCCAGUUUGACGCCUUUGUCAGCGUCCUUCGGGAGACCCCCAGCCUGCUUCGUCUCCGAGAUGCCCACGGGUCUGCCCCCACCCUCCUCUUCAGCUGCCAUUCGGGUGUGGGCAGGACCAACCUGGGCAUGGUCCUGGGCACCCUCGUGCUGUUUCACCACAGGGGGAGCACCUCACAGGCAGAGUCCGGCCCCCCGAAGACCAAGUCCCUGCCCAUGGAGCAGUUCCAGGUGGUCCAGAGCUUUCUGCACACGGUGCCCCAGGGAAGGAGGAUGGUGGAGGAGGUGGACAGAGCCAUUGCUGCCUGUGCUGAAUUGCAUGAUCUGAAGGAGGAGGCCCUGGCGAACCAGAGGAAGCUGGCAGGUGACCGGCCGGUGAGCAGAGCGCAGGGAAGCAGCGGGCAGCAUGUUGCCCGGCAGAGGGCGCUGCGGAGCCUGGAGCGCUACUUCUACCUGAUCCUGUUCAGCUACUAUCUGCAUGAGCAGUACCCCCUGGCCUUUGCCCUCAGUUUCAGCCGCUGGCUGUGCGCCCAUCCCGAGCUGUACCGCCUGCCUAUGACUCUGAGCUUGGCGGGGCCUGUGGCUCCCAGGGACCUCCUUGCCCAGGGCUCCCUGGAGGCAGAUGACCUUGUGUCCCCGGAUGCGCUCAGCACUGUCAGAGAGAUGGACGUGGCCAACUUCCGGCGUGUGCCCCGCAUGCCCAUCUAUGGCAUGGCCCAGCCUAGUGCCAAGGCCCUGGGCACCAUCCUGACCUACCUGACCGAUGCCAAAAGGAAGCUGCAGCAGGUGGUCUGGGUCAACUUGCGGGAGGACGCCGUGCUGGAGUGUGAUGGUCACACUCGAAGCCUGCGGCUGCCUGGUUCCCCCAUGACCCCCGCCCAGUUGGAGGCCACGGAGGCCCAGCUGAAGGCCCACCUGAGCAAGCCACCCUCCGACACAAAGGGCCCACUGCCCCCCAGGUUCCAGACGUGCCUCACCAUGCAGGAGAUCUUCAGCCAGCGCCGUGGGGCCUGCCCCGGCCUCACCUACCACCGUGUCCCCCUAAUGGACUUCUGUGCCCCUAGAGAGGAGGACUUUGACAAGCUGCUGGAGGCCCUGCGGGCUGCCCUUGCCAAGGACACUGGCACUGGCUUUGUGUUCAGCUGCCUCAGCGGACAGGGCCGGACCACAACUGCUAUGGUGGUGGCUGUGCUGGCCUUCUGGCGCAUCCGAGGCUGCCCCGAGGUGGGUGAGGAAGAGCUCGUGAGCGUGCCUGAUGCCAAGUUUACCAAAGGCGAGUUUCAGGUAGUGAUGAAGGUGGUGCAGCUGCUGCCCGACGGGCACCGUGUGAAGAAGGAGGUGGACGCAGCACUGGACACAGUCAGCGAGACCAUGACACCCAUGCACUACCACCUGCGGGAAAUCAUCAUCUGCACCUACCGCCAGGCGAAAGCUGCCAAAGAUGAGCAGGAGGCACGGAGACUGCAGCUUCGCAGCCUGCAGUACCUGGAGCGCUACAUCUACCUGAUCCUUUUCAAUGCCUACCUCCACCUGGAGGAGGUGUGCUCCUGGCAGAGGCCCUUCAGCACCUGGAUGUGGGAGGUGGCAUCCAAGGCUGGAAUCUAUGAGAUCCUCAACCAGCUGGGCUUCCCUGAGCUGGAGAGCACGGAGGACCAGCCCUUCUCCAGGCUUCGACACCGGUGGCAGGAGCGGAGCCUCGGGCCUGAGCCCUCAGCUGGCAGGGACUUCCUGUAGGGGUUUCCUCCUGCCCCUCUCCAGGUGCUCUUCACUGGGACCCGCCCAGGGAGCUGGCCUUGCAAAAUCGACUCCCAGCUUCCUGGAGUGACUGGGUGGGGCAGGGAGCCUUUUGGAAAGAGCUUUGUCUAGGAUCUGUAGCUGGCACAGCUAUUCAGAGGCAUGUGGACACCUCGAGGAGACCUGGUGUGGGCACCUUACAGACAGCUGGGGUUCGGCCUCCAUCAGGCUCACACCCCAAGCUGCCAAGCAACUGACUGUCACUUCUGUCCUGUUCUCUCCCUCUCAAAGGUUCUUUUGGUCCAGCCAGUGUCAGUUUCCUUCCCUUUCUUCCUCUGGCUGCCCCACAUUCUUUGUUCUUUUGCCCCACAGCACUGCCCUGGGGACCCUGGCUGCCUGAGGCUAGGGGGUUGAUUACCUUAAAGGCAGCUUCACCCACUCUCUCUCCUGCCCUGCCCAUCUCCAGCUGGGGAGACUGCAAGGAUAACUUCCAUGGCCAGGGCCUGGCUUUAGCCUCUCCUUCUUGUCCCCUCUCCCUUUCCCCUGGGGUAGCAGGAUAAUGGACGUCUGUGGGGAGCUGGAAACAUCAGGGGUUCCUUCUUGGGGAUUUAGACAGCACUUUCAGAAAGCAUUUCUGAAGGCCGAUGCAGCACUAUGGAGGAAGAGCUCAGAUUUCCCUGGAGCCUGGGCCAAGGUGCCAGGCAGCCCAUCUUCCCUGCUCAUUCUCCCAGCCCUGGUGGCCUAAGAUGGUCCAGGAACCCCCCCCCCCCCCAGCAGGACCCAAAGGGUGGCUGAGUCAAGCUGGGUUGUUGGGGUGGCCCUUGUGAACGGUGGAAUGUGAGAGACUGGGCGAAGGGUGGUGUGAGGGGAUUCCCUGGAUUCCAGGCCAGCCUUGUGGGGGAUGGUUGAGCUUGAGCUUCUCCCCUGGGGGAGCAUAAAGGCCAAACCCUGCUGAGUUAUGGUCCCAGGAUCACCUCUGUCCACGUUUGGGAAGGCUGUGGGGAGGGGCGGGAGACAAGCCUUGCAGCCAGCCCUUUGGGCCAGGGCUGGUGUUUGCUGAAACAGAGGGGUUGGGCAACGAAGAGCUUGUCUGCCCACCUGACUUCUGGGGCCAGGGAAACCUCUCUAGUUGGGCUCAUGGAUUUCUGCAGGAAGACAGAAGGAUGUCGCCGGGUAUGGUGGCACACACCUGUAAUCUCAGCAUUCUGGAGGCUGAGGCAGGAGGAUUACUGUGAGUUCGAGGCCAGCCUGCGCUGUACAGUGGAUUCAGGGCUAGCCUGAACUUUAUAGUGAGACCCUGUCUCAAAAACCCAAAACAAAACUACAACAAAAAGACAGAAGGGUGUGUCAUUCAUUGGCUGGGAUAUUUGAAAGGGAGAGAAGAGACCUAAGUUGUUCACAUCUACCCAGUGUUGGAAAAUAUUGGCCCUCUCAGCUGAAUUCUUUUGCAAAACUACUGUAUGUCUGCCACAACCUUUUCAGGUUUGUUUGUAUUUGUGCUUGUAUUCAAAGGUUUUAGUUUCUUUGCAGACAAGGUCUAGUGGAACUGGGAGGGAUCCUUUGUAUUCUCAUGCUUGGCCCUGACUUUCAGCUGUGCUGGGACCACUGGCCAAUCACUUCACCUCUCUGCCUCAGUUUCCCCAUCUGUAAAAUGGGAGAAUAAUACUUGCCUACCUACCUCACAGGGGUGUUGUGAGGAAUCAUUCAUGACUUUUUUUUUUAUAGAGCUUUUGAGCAUUAAAAGCAGCUUAAAUGUGAA